AUGUCAAAGAUUGCGAAUCUUGAUUUCAGUGCUUUGAAAAGCAAUGGUGACAACUACCUGGAAUGGACGCUUGAUGCAAAGAUCAUGCUGCGGUCAAAAGAUCUUGGUGACACAAUCACCGAAGACAACAAUUCCAGUGACAAAGACAAGUUAUGUGGUGAAAAAGUAACCGAGGAAGAGAUGCUUAAUAAAACUCUCUCCACGUUUCCUCAAACCAACAUGGUAUUGCAACAGCAGUACAGAGAGAGGAAUUUCGCCACAUAUACUGAGUUGAUAGAAUGUCUCUUGUUGGCUGAAGCUAACAACGAACUGUUAUUGAAAAACAGUGAGAUGAGACCUCCUGGUACAACUCCAUUACCCGACAUCUCUAAGAUGGCUAUAGAGCCAAAGAAAGGGAGUAACCUUGUCCAACACAAUGACCAUCCCGGUCCAAACCGUGGAAGAAGUCAAGGACGAGGUUGUGGUUCUUUUAAAGCACACGGGCGAGGACGUGGUCGCGGUACCACACCCGGCUUUAGCCGUGGUCGUGGCCGAGGCCGUAGUGUGUCUUUUAAACCACAGAUCAAAGCUGAUCGAUGCCACAGAUGUGGUAUGGGUAAUCAUUGGGCAAAGAAUUGCCGAAUUCCUAAGCAUUUUUGUGAUCUUUACACGGAGAGCUUAAAAAGAAACCCAGAAGCUAACAUGGUUCGAGACCCGGGAUAUGAUGAUGAUGAUGAUGAUGACUUGGAAGACGUCCAGGAUCACCAGCACGAGUCAGACAAAGUUGAUCACAUGGAGUUUGAAACUUCAGACAUACUGAAAUAA